ACAAAAGUUUAAAAAAAUGAGACUGUAGAUUCUGGGAAUGAUUCUUAAGGAGCAGGUGGAGGGUUUGGUGGGUGUUAAUAUUUGACUUGUGCAUUCCACACGCUGCUUCCGAUUGAAGGCAUCUAAGGAGAGAAAAAUGCACGAUUUCUGCUUCACGAUCCCCUACGGAUUGAUGUUAGUGGGUGGUGGACUGUUCGCCUACAUAAGCAAAGGGAGCAUCGCUUCUCUCGCCGGAGGCGCCGGCUCCGGUUUGCUUCUCAUCGUCGCCGGCUAUCUCAGUCUCAAUGCUUUCGGCAAACGAAAAAACUCUUACCUCGCUCUCUUUCUCGAGACCGUUUGUGCAGCCAUACUAACUUGGGUCAUGGGGCAGCGAUAUUUGGAAACAUCCAAGAUUAUGCCUGCUGGUCUUGUUGCUGGAAUCAGUGCUCUCAUGACUCUGUUUUAUCUCUACAAAUUAGCAACUGGCGGCAACCAUCUCCCCACCAAGGCUGAGUGAUGAUAUAAUGAUAUAUCAUAUAUUUGCUUACUAUAAUACAGAUAUGUUGGUUGAUCUGCAUGCCUUAGAUGGUUAAGAUACAUCAUUGUACUUUAGUGAUUUCAAAGUAUGGAACAAAAGAUAGUUGUUGUUGUCGUUGUUGUUGUGGUUGUCUUUAUACACGUAGGAGAAUUGGGCCAGUCCUUCAUCACUCUCUAAGCAGCUCUUUUUAUUUUCUACUUUCCUUUUUCUCUUAGCUUAGCACACCAUAUCACUGAGGUUGCUUAAAUGCAAAACUGGCUCUUAUUUGUUGCAUACUUGACAAACUCGAUGGAAAUUCCAAUUGAAAUUUAUCACGCCUUGUUAUUUGACUGGCCAACAAAUUUACA